AUGGCUAGCCAGGGUUACUACGGCGGCGGCGCACCCGAAUAUCCGCCCCAGGCAGCCUACCCCCAACAGGGCUAUCCGCAGCCAGGAUAUCAGCAGCCAGGAUAUCCUGCCCAAAACUACCCUCCUAAUCCCCAGGGCUAUGUCUCUCCGCCUGGUGCUCAACCCUAUUACCAGCAGGAGCAGCAACAUCACAAUCAACAAUACCAGCAACAGCAGAAGGGCAGUGGCAGCGACAAGGGAUGUCUCGCUGGUUGGUAA